CCGGGGCGGAGGGAGCCGGGGGGCGGGGAGGGCUGAGGGCGGGAGGCCCGGCGGCGGCUCUGGCCUCGGGUCGGAUCGGAGCCGGCAGGACGGACGCGGCUGCCCAGCCCUGCCCCCGGAGCGAGGCGAUGGCCUCCCAGCCUGAGAAGCGGGUCGCCUCGUCCGUCUUCAUCACCCUGGCCCCCCCACGUCGCGGUGAGGCCGUGGCUGAGGACGUGAGGCGGGCAGCCUGCGAGGCCCGGCCCAGCCGCCCCUGGGAGCUGCCUGCCGCCACGAAGGCCCCCGGAGCCGGCCCGGCGGGGAGGCCUGGCCCCUGGACACCGGCCGGCAGGGCCGCCGCCUCAGUGCCAGCUGCCCCCGCUCCGCUGUCCAAUGGAGGCCGCUCUCUCCCGCCUCCUCCCCGCGACGGUGAGGAUGCUCUCCCGGACCUGGACCUGCUCCCGCCGCCGCCGCCCCCACCAGCAUACCCGCCGCCCCCUGACGAGCAGCCGCCAGCCCCGGGGGCUGAGCUCAUCUCUGACUUCGAGCAGCUACACCUGCCCCCACCACCACCCCCAGCACAGACCCUGGCAGAGGGGCCUCCGUCCCAGCCCGGGCCCAGUCGACUCAGGCCCGCCCAGGAGGAGCUGCCGCCGCCCCCAGAGGAGCCGGUAGGCUUCCCGGAGAGAGAGGCGUCCACCGACGUCUGUGCCUUUUGCCACAAGACGGUGUCACCCCGAGAGCUGGCUGUGGAAGCCAUGAAGAGGCAGUACCACGCCCAGUGCUUCACGUGCCGCACCUGCCGCCGCCAACUGGCUGGGCAGAGCUUCUACCAGAAGGAUGGGAGGCCCCUCUGUGAACCCUGCUACCAGGACACCCUGGAGAAGUGCGGCAGGUGUGGCGAGGUGGUCCGCGAACACAUCAUCCGGGCCCUGGGCCGGGCCUUCCACCCGGCCUGCUUCACGUGCGUGGCCUGUGCCCGGUGCAUCGGGGAUGAGAACUUCGCGCUGGACGGCCAGAACGAGGUGUACUGCCUGGACGACUUCUAUCGGAAAUUCGCCCCUGUGUGCAGCAUCUGUGAGAAUCCCAUCAUCCCCCGGGACGGGAAGGACGCCUUCAAGAUCGAGUGCAUGGGAAGGAACUUCCAUGAGAACUGCUACAGGUGCGAGGACUGCAGGAUCCUCCUGUCCGUGGAGCCCACGGACCAAGGCUGCUACCCGCUGAACAACCGUCUCUUCUGCAAGCCGUGCCACGUGAAGCGGAGCGCUGCGGGGUGCUGCUGAGAGCACCCACUGUUAGCCCGGGUCGGGGUCCCUUCCCCGACUCAGUUUCCCUUCCUGGCCUGCUCUUGCACAGUUUCCUCCCGAGCCCCUACAGGGACCGGCCCGUCGCGUCUGGGACGCAGGGCUGAGCCGCCUGCCCCGGCCCCGCCUCCUCCUGGCUCGGCGGGGGGCGGCUGCACAGGGUGGCCCUCGGACUGUCACUCUUCCUUCCAUCCUCUGGGCGCAGGGCGAAUACACCAUGAGCAUCGCCCCGGGUACUCACGUCCGAGGCUCUGGUCGCUCUUGUGUGCCGGCCUUGGCCUCCCCGUUUCCAGGAGUGAGUUGGGGCCAGUUUCAGGCGGCACCCUGGGUCCCUCAGCAAUGACGCUUUAGAUGUCCCUGAAGGGGGCAGGUGCAGAAAAGAGACGCACGAGGGCGCCCUCUGCUGGCGGUGUGAGUAAAACUCUUAAGGUUCCUUAAAAAGCGCUUUUUAAAAAAUUUAAAUGAUGGGAAACAUUCUUUGGAUUUUUUUGGGGGGGGGGGAGGUGUUAUAUCUUAAUAGGAAAUGUCUCCCAUUUGUUCAUAAAUGUACGAGGAUGGGACCCGGCGGUGCAUGGCUGUGGACUCCCCCCCACACACCCGGGGGACAUGGGGCCCAGGCCCAGCCGUGAACUAGAACAGGAGCAGGAGGAGAGGGUGACAUGUGCUGACACCCAAGGACGUUGGCCACACCCCACCCUGCUGCCUGGGGCUCCUGUGGGUGAGGCAGCUGACGCUCUGAGUGUCCCUCCUGCAGCCUUGACUGGGGCUGCGCACCCCACACACCCACGCUCCUCAGGACAGUGCCGGGCGGGGGUGCCCCUGCAGCCCCUUGGUUAUCUCCCCAAGUCCCACUGGGACCCUGCCUCCAGGCCGCCCUGUGACCGCUGCCUCUUCGAGGCCACACCCAGAAGAUCCUGCUUCCCUUUUAGGGACAAUCACUUCUGUUGCUUUGUAACGCGGAGGCGUUUUGUAGGACGUGAGCAGGUUAAGAUGUGCUUUGCUCCGUGGGGUCUGGAUGCACCACAGGCUCCUGUGAGGCCACCCCGGCUCCUAGCACUUGUCUGUGAGCCUCGUGGGGGCUUCAGAGCUGAGCCAGCUUCCUGCAUGCAGCCUGGAGGAGGGGCUCCCAGACUCCAGGGCUGCACACACCCCCUCCUCCUCACGGUCAUGAUCAAAGACCUCGCAUCCUCUCCUGUCCUUAAUAUUCUCUUCAAAUCAACAUACUUUUUUAUUUUUUACUCCCAGCUUUAGUCUUGUGCUAAACAAUAUAUCCACGCAGUCACCUGCUGAUGUGCUAGUUUCUGUGUUUUUCCUAUUCUACAUGGAAAUAAAUGCAUAACUGUUAGAAGUC